AAGGGCUUUCGAGCUGUGUAUUUAUAAGAUAAUGAAAGGAUUUUAUAUUUUAUAAAUCACACUGAUAGAUUUCAAUAAUAUUGUAGGCUCGUAGCCAUAUAAUGCCAUUGUGAAAUGUUAACAUAUCCUCUUCAUAUCUGUUUGUAUCCUGUGCAGCUUUCCAGCAUUUUUUGUUUUUAAUGCAACUGUCAGAAGUCAAUACAAAUGCAAGGCUGAAUUUAUUUUUAGUUUAAGUAGAAUUCUCCAUUUAUUUUAAGAAUACUAGAUACCUUUCACACACAGAAUACAUUUGAAUAAUGGCUUUGUUUCUUUCUAGAUAGUAUGUAUAUAUGGGUCAUCCUUUGAUAACCUUUAAAGCUGUUGAUGUUUUUACAGAAUUAUUAGCUUUCUAACCAGACCCACAUGGACCCCAAGGGCAUAAGACAUUGUAGCCCCAUUAUAUGGAUUAGGCAAGUAAAGUUGAUUGGUUGGGGUCUUGGUGAAAAGCUUUUUAUACUUUGUAGAUGGGUGCAAUUGGCAGUUUCAAUCCAGCUGAUGAGUUGGGACUCCAGUAACUACCACUUAGAAGACUUGGGGAACUUGUAUCCCGGUAUCCAUCUAAGCUUUACGAAGACUGGAGAUGAAGCUGUAAACCCCGUGUGUGAUGCACGGGAAGCACAAGCUUAUUGCAGGCUUGUAAUUUGUUUGCGUGGGCAUAAGCUGCCAUGUCACGAGGAAGCACGCAGUCUCCGCAUUCCUCACUCAGCCUCCCAAACUCUUGGCAGCUGUUAAUAUAAAACCGAGCACACCAGUCUUCUAGACGCUCUGGUUUCCAUCAUCAUCAAGGUUUGAGGAAUCUUUACUGAAAAUAUAUUUUUACUUUAAAAGCAACUUGAUGGGUUUUGGCUCCCUCUCCAUGUUCUUUAUUAUCCAUUCACUAAAAUAAAUAAAAGAAAGACCAGGAGUUUGGAUUUGGAGCCAACCAGCUGAUGGCUGGUUUGUUUGUUCAUCAAACCCAGAAAAGGAUAUCAGCUUAGAUUC